ACCACUGCAAAUAUGCACGUUAGCCAUCAGACAAACACAGCUAGGUUGCUCCCCCGGCUCCUUCUUGUCUACUGUUUAGCUAGCUAGCUAGUGCGCGCGUGUUGUUGUUGUUGUCGUUGAACUAGCAUGGAGCGGUAUGACGGCCGUGGAUGUGACACGGCGGGUGCACCUUUUCCGCCAGCCGUGGGAAUCUUAAGCGGCUGAGGCAGAGCAAGGCGGGGCGUCUUCAUGAAAGUCGUUCGGUAAGUAAGACCUACCUGAGGGAAGGCACUGGAAUAGGUGGAGGGUCCAAGAGGAUUUUGCAUGCCCUUGUCUUAGUCCUGGCAGUGUGCAAGCCCUCAAGAGUGGGUAGCACCAAACCCGACUGUGAUGGAUGAACACGGAACCGAUUCAAUGAAAGCUGUGUGAAUUUGCCCAUUUCAAAUCUGCAGUAGAAGUGGAGUCGAUUGGCCAUGGACCCAUUUAGCCAGCUCAUCCUUACCAUCUCAGUUACCAGCUUUUUCACCUUCCAGUGGCUCUUCCACAAAGUCAGCCCCUGGGUGUCGAUGCAUGUCAGCCCAGGCUUCCUUGGCCUCAGCGAAAAGCAAAAGGUGGAAUGGAACUCAAGGACAGUAUCGACUCUUCAUGCACUGUUAGUGGGAAUCUUCUGUCUUUACAUUUUGUUCUUUGAUGACUCCAUCAAUGAAGACCCAGUUUGGGGAGAUCCUACUCUAGUGAAGACUAAUGUUGCCAUCACAACAGGCUACCUCAUAUCUGAUCUGUUGCUAAUUUUUUACUAUUGGAAGGCGAUAGGAGACAAGUUUUUUGUAGUGCAUCAUCUGGCAGCAUUGUAUGCUUACUACUAUGUACUGGGCCAAGGCAUGUUGCCUUAUUUUGCUAACUUCCGUCUGCUUGCAGAGUUUUCUACUCCGUGUGUGAACCAGCGCUGGUUCUUUGAGGUUUUAGGUUACCCAAGGACCUCCCGACCCAACAUGGCAAACGGCGUGGCCAUGGCCGUGGUGUUCUUCAUGGUGCGCGUGGCCGUCAUGCCCGUCUACUACAGCCGCAUGUAUGCCGUCUACGGCACCGAGGCCUUCUACAUGGUGCCCUACGGCGGACGCGUGGCGUGGAUCUGCUCCAGCAUCUGCUUGGACAUCAUGAACAUCAUGUGGAUGCACAAGAUCGCCCGCGGCUGCUACAAGGUGCUGCGGUCAGCACGCCGGAGCAAAGCCGGCGCGCCUCAUGAAAACGGGAAGGCCGACUAAUGCGAGGAAGCAGACUCGACUUGUUGGUAUGCUAACUUGUCAACUGGCGCCGCUACAGGAGCGAAUUUAAUGAGGAGGAAAUGUUCUUAAAACUGGCACAGGUAUGAUGGAUCAUCUGACCCGGACCAUCUCCAAGCCAUGAAAUGACCUCUGAGCAAUACUUUUGUAUUGCUUAUGUUUAUAUAUAUAUAUAUAAACAGGAAAAAUGUACCACUUUCGUGACAGUGGAUCCCAAACUGAUAUAGUUUACUAACUUUGACACGCACAUACACUGGUCAAACAAUGGUCACUGGUCGAUGGUCAGUGCCAUUAAAUCCUUGAAGAGGAUGGUUCAACCUUUUUUGUUUUGUUUGUUUUUUUGUUCAUACCUAAAUCUUUUUAUCACGUCACUCUCAAGGGACACAAUAAGGAAGAAAGAAGACUACGACUAAUCUAAUUAGGAAUUAAUCUGUUAUUUAAGAGGCUCGUUGACUCAGUAGCCUUUUUAUUGGAAACGCAUGAGAUUUCACAGAUCCUGAAAUAAUAUGUUGCCUUGCUGGAGAUUCAGGCAUUUAAAGCUUGUUUUUUUUUGAAGACCAAUAUAUAAAGGGUGAAGUUUUCUAAUGAACAAGAUGCACAGAGUACUUUUGGAAAUGCCGAAAGGGAAACUGAAGGUCAAUGUUGUGUUUGUACGCUAACAUUACCGAAAGGUGAGAUGAGUCGAUUAGAAUGCGCAAAGUAAUACACACGGAAUGAUAUUCACAUGUUAAUGAAAGCGAUGAAAGUAAGAUGUUUUAUUCAAGAAGCAGCAUAUUAUUUUUGAUUUAUUAUAUGGUAAAAAAAAAAAAAAAAAAUCCAUUUAAAACAUUUAAAGUCCAGCACAGUUUUGCCACUGAGCUGCAGCUGUUUUUAUGGUUUAAGUCAGCAAUUGAGAUUCUAAUUGUUUUCACAUUUAGCCUAACAAUUCCUAUUGGAAUACGCAACAUUUUGGAUGUAGUAGCUACUCUUUAAUCGUGAUUUUUUUUUUUUGUCUCUGAAAACUUUCUGUGACGUGAGUAAAUGACUGGAAGCAAGAGAAUCAAAAACAAGCGUUUUCUAUUAUUUAAAAAAAAAAAAAAACAACACACACCUGGCUACGUCCAGCUUUUGUUGCCGUGUUUAAACAAUAUUUAAUAGCGCAGUUUUCUUUUUCAGAUGCCUGUCUCUUCAGUUUGUUUGCCUUCUCUGUUCGAAUGUUAACAGAGGCUUUGUGCUUUUGGUGUUUUAACAGUUUGAAAAAUUCAGAAGCCAUCACUUUUGUGCUUUUUAUUGAAUUUAAUUUUUUUUUUUGUGUACACAGCAGUGCCAAGUUGCAGCUUUGAUCACGUGUCUCUCUGCACGUGCUGCUUUGCAUCAUGUGUGAUUGGGCUCACCUGAAGUCCGGCAUUAGUGUGAAAACCAUCACUAAGAGGUGCCAUGUUUCUGUUAAUAUACGCAGGUGGAAAGUCCUAUUUCUCAUCUUUUAUAUGAUGUCGGUCAGUAUUCUAAUGGAUCUAAAAGGAGUGUAUGAGGAAUACCGGUCGUCGUCUUGUGCAUGUGCUCUAACUGCAUGUGAUGUUGUAUGGGGAUUGCACUACAAAGGAUUGCGUUCUGUUAUCAUUGUUAUAGACACAUGUAGACACACGUUUAGCUUCCCUACACAGAACAUCACACAGCUGAUGUUCAAUGUUUUUCAUAUGCAGCACUGAAAUCAUUAGCAAGGGAAUACUUGAAUAAUCCGCAGUUUAUGAUGAUGUAUAACAAUCUGGGUAGUGCAAAUACCAAUCAAUCCUGUAUGGAUCUUGCAUUAUAUGUUUUAAAUGAUCAGGGGACAUUAAUCGGUGGGAAGGCCAUUCUGUCCUCAGUUCAAUGUUGUAUGGAGGAGAAAUGUCAGAGAGGGGUCAUGGGCAGGGGAAGGUUAAGAGACAUUCUGUGAAUGUAGUAUUGGAAAAAGAGCAAAUAUUGAGCAUUAUGUUUUAAUUUGUUCCUUAUAAUAAAUGACAAAUUGACUCUUACUG